AUGAUGGAACUUCUGCUUAGUAUGUCAACUGAAAUAAAACAACAGAUCAAGGAACAGUCCGAACGACAGACAGAGGAGUUAAAACAGAUCAAAGAACAGUCCGAACGACAGUCCGAUCGACAGACAGAAGAGUUAAAACAACAGAUCAAGGAACAGUCCGAACGACAGACAGAGAAGUUAAAACAGAUCAAGGACCAGCUAAAACACGUAAAAUUGGAAGUGGCAGAACAGAUUGAAGAACAGUCAACAAGAAUAGAAAUGAUCGAACAGAAACUUGAUCCAUUUGACGGAGAGAUGUCCUGGAACGUUUAUAAAACCCAGUUCGAAGCAGCGGCAACUAGUAACUGUUGGAACGGAAAAGAACGAGCAACAGCACUGAUACUGGCCCUGCGAGGUUCAGCAGCAGAGGUUCUUCAGACGAUUCCGGCUAAGAAUCACUUCAACUAUGAAGUUCUGGUUAGCGCGUUGGAUUUACGUUAUGGUGAAGAACACAUGAAACAGAUUUAUCGGUCUCAACUUAGAAACAAAACGCAACGAUCUGGCGAAUCCAUUCAGCAGCUGGCACAAGAUAUCGAACGGUUGACAUUGCUGUCGUAUCCGACAUCAGACCCCGAGCAUAGAGACGAAAAUGCCCUGGAUACGUUUAUCAAAGCCCUUCGUGAUUCGGAACUCAAGCAAUCCCUUCUCUUGUCAGAUAAACGAAAACUCAAGUAG